AUGAAGCCGCUGUACGUGAAGCUCAUGCACGUGAAGCCGCCGUACGUGAAGCUCAUGCACGUGAAGCCGCCGUACGUGGAGCCGCCGUACGUGAAGCUGCCGUACGUGAAGCCGCCGUACGUGAAGCUGAUGUACGUGAAGCUGAUGUACGUGAAGCCGCUGUACGUGAAGCUCAUGCACGUGAAGUCGCCGUACGUGAAGCCGAUGUACGUGGAGCCGCCGUUUGUGAAGCUCAUGUACGUGAAGCCGACGUACGUGAAGCUCAUGCACGUGAAGUCGCCGUACGUGAAGCUCAUGUACGUGAAGCCGCCGUACGUGAAGCCGCCGUACGUGAAGCUCAUGUACGUGAAGCUCAUGUACGUGAAGCCGCCGUACGUGAAGCCGCCGUACGUGAAGCUCAUGUACGUGAAGCCGCCGUACGUGAAGCUCAUGCACGUGAAGCCGCCGUACGUGAAGCUCAUGCACGUGAAGCCGCCGUACGUGAAGCUCAUGCACGUGAAGCCGCCGUACGUGAAGCCGCUGUACGUGAAGCUGAUGUAUGUGAAGCCGCCGUACGUGAAGCUGAUGUACGUGAAGCCGCCGUACGUAAAGCGCGGGGGCCGCGACAGAACCAGCGCGCAUCCGUCUCCACCGGAUGAAAGGUCAAAUCAGGCACGUUUCCAUGUACGGGAGUGA